AUGGCCCCCAAGAGCAAGAAGAACGCCGACUCCAUCAACAGCCGUCUGGCUUUGGUGAUGAAGUCUGGAAAGGUCACCCUUGGCUACAAGUCGACCAUCAAGACCCUUCGUUCCGGCAAGGCCAAGCUGGUCAUCAUCGCUGCCAACACUCCUCCUCUCCGCAAGAGUGAGCUCGAGUACUACGCUAUGCUCGCCAAGGCCCCUGUUCACCACUUCUCUGGUAACAACAUCGAGCUCGGCACUGCUUGCGGUAAGCUCUUCCGCACCAGCACCAUGGCUGUCCUCGAUGCCGGUGACUCCGACAUCCUCACCAGCCAGUAA